AUGAUUGACAUCGAAUGGCCAUUCGGAACUCAUAUGAUUGUUGGUUUUAUAUUUGGUUAUAUUCUUCAACGAUUUUCAAUAACAAUUUAUAUUGUCUUAAUAGGUGUUGCAAUAUCCGCAGUGUUAACAUUAGCGCCAUGGCCAAUGUAUCGAAAUCAUCCAGUUGCAUGGCAAAAACCAGAAGUAACAACGGUAACAAAAGAAAAAGAGAAUGCUAAUAAAAGUGGUGGCAAUAAAGGAAUUAAAAAAGAAACAAGAAAAAAACCCAAAAAAGAUGAGUAG